CUGGCCUGCAUCAAGCUCCUCCGUCGUCGGUCUGCUGGGAGUUGGCGCGGCAGGUGCAGGCCCAUCUCAUCUCAUCAUGCCAUGCCAUGCCAGGCUGCUGAUCGGCUCCCCAGCAGCACAUCAUCAUCACACUACCUGCUCUCUGCUGCAAUGCCUCGAUGAAACCUUCCUGCGCCGGCCUCCACCGCGACACGACACGACAUUCCUCCGACGCUGGUGCGCUCCAUCCACCACGUCCACAUCCUCGCCCGGCCCUCGCUCCUCUUACAGGACCCGCAGACUGCCUCCCAUGUAUCACCGCCAUGCCCACCACCACGCGUCUGCUCUUCCCAAGGCCCACAACUGCUGAUGCUCCCGACCACGCUGCCCGCAAUACGACCAACUCUGCUAGCGCCUCCGUGUCACCAUCACCACCCUCCGAGUACUGUCCGCGUCCCUAGUCUACCCAUAUACACGGCCAAUCUGCUCCCCCAGGCUAUUCCCUGAGCCCGCACAUGAAAGCUUCGAGCCACCUCACCUCCCAACGCCCUCGCCCACAUUCACGCUGACCAUAGACUUUGCUUGCGAGCCACUUCGUCAUUCGCUUACACAUGACCUCUCUCGGCCUUACUGUUGGUCGCUCCUGCCUGUGUAUCCUCUUGGACCUCCUACAAUCUUUCAAGCUGGGGAAAGCAAUGAGCGUAAUGAUCCAGUCGGUGGUUCGAGUGGUGCAUCCUACCUACCGAUCCAAGUCACGCGUUGGUCACCAUGUAGUCGAGAAGAGCGGGGCAGAAGACAAGAGCAUGGACGAGUUCCUCCAAGAGACCCGAACUUGCUUCGAGGCUCCUCUACAGACUGAGCGCUUGUUGGCCAUAUCUGCUCAAAUCCAAGCCGAAUGUCGAGAACGUUUGGCUCAGUCGGACAUUUCUAUGCUGCCGUCGUACACACAUACUCUCCCAACGGGCCACGAGCGAGGCGACUAUCUUGCCCUUGAUGUGGGGGGCUCGACCUUCCGGAUAGCAUUGAUUCGACUUACUGGCAAAUCCAAACCCGGGAGCGAUGGCCUACAGAUUAGGAGGAUACGAAGUUUUGUCAUUGAUGAGAAGAUUCGCGGAUUGAAGGGUCAAGCAUUUUUCGAUUGGAUGGCCGAGAGAAUCUCAGACAUGCUGAGCGACUACAAUCACGCCAAUGGCACAACUGACGCGCACCUUCCCAUGGGCCUGGCAUGGUCCUUUCCCAUCGAGCAGACAUCACCUCGCAGCGGGCGACUCAUGGCAAUGGGUAAGGGAUUCAAGGCAACACACGGCGUUGAAGGACAGGAUUUGAGCGAACUCAUUAUGCGAUCAUGCAACGCAAAGGGCCUGAAUGUGCAGAUGCGUGCGAUCAUCAAUGACAGUGCUGGCACUCUCAUCUCACAAGCCUACCGGGACCCUUCGACACGCGUGUCAUUGAUUUUGGGAACCGGCACGAACGCUGCUAUAUUCUUACCUCGAGGAACAUUGGCCAAAUCAAAAUUCGGAUCACGUCCAGAUUCAUGGUACACCGAAGCUGAACGCGUAUUGAUCAAUACCGAGCUCAGCAUGGUCGGUCGACACUCAUUACCCAAGACGAAGUACGACGAGCGAUUGAAUUCAGAUCAUUCGAUACCUGACUUCCAGCCAUUGGAGUAUUUGUCGACCGGCCGCUACUUGGGCGAAAUUGCAAGAUUAAUUAUGCUGGAUGCCAUUGCAAAUGCAAAUCUCUUCAACGGACAGAUCCCGCAAGGUCUUGAAGAGGCGUAUACUUUUGACUCGAGAAUCUUGGCCGCAUUUGAGAGCGAUUCGUCGCGAAAACUGGAAAAGGCACGCGCUGUGUUUUUGCAAGCGCAUCCAAUGCGUUCGACACCACGAACACGAGAUCUGCAAUUUGUUCGCGACAUUGCAAUGUUGAUAUCUCGACGAGCUUCGGCUUACAUUGCCACUGCUAUGCAUGCUUUAUGGAGAGUACGCUCGGAGUCGGAAGCUUUGGACAAUGCCGAUGGAGUGACAAUUGCUUGCAACGGUACGAUCAUUGAGAAGUACCCGGGCUUCCGAGAACGAUGCCAACAGUACUUGGACGAUUUAUGCGAGAAGUCGGGCGCGCCACGAGGGGCUGUGACGCUGAGUCUCGCGCCGGAAAGCUCAAUAUUUGGAGCUGCGGUGGCGGUUGCCUGUAUGGAUGAGGGAUCAUGAUUGACAAAUUGACACUGCGAGGACAGUGUUCAAUACGGAGAUGCGAAGGACUUGAAUAUUUGACGUGCGAUUUGACAUACGACUGCGACAUUUGAAUCGCACACUUGUUUUGGAUGCAUCAUGAGCGACAUGGCGCGCGGAGUGAGGAGUACAUGGGAAUCCGCGGCGAACAAGCCUGCGAGAGGAGAAAUUUGGAUAUCUAUUACACCCAUUGUAUGGAACGAACUGGCAAUUGAGCAUUCACAACAUUGUCGACUACGGCGACGAACCGCUGAGGAAGACUAUUUACAGUAUAGAUACCCAAGGCGAACGCGCAGUUGAAUACAAACGCAU